GAGACUUCAGCACGAUGUCUUACCAACAGCAGCAGUGCAAACAGCCCUGCCAGCCUCCUCCUGUGUGCCCACCCCCAAAGUGCCCAGAGCCUUGUCUUCCCCCAAAGUGCCCAGAGCCUUGUCCUCCCCCAAAGUGCCCAGAGCCUUGUCCUCCCCCAAAAUGUCCUGAGCCAUGUCCCCCUCAGCCAUGCCAGCAGAAAUACCCUCCUGUGCAACCUCCUCCACCAUGCCAGCAGAAGUGCCCACCCAAGAGCAAGUGACGGCUCCAGCAGUCAUCAGGAGCAGCGGAAGAGAAGGGAAUCCAUAUCGUGUACUUCCGUAGCAGUACCUCCAUCUUCCCUUGAGAGCCUCCCAUGGAUGCACAGGAAUCUUCAGCACCCUUCACCCUAGUUGUGCCUGU